AUCAUCGUUUUCCCGCUCAUUCUACAAAGUAUACCCAUUUCCCCUGCAUUUCCUUCAAAAAUAUCACAUAAUUUCUAUUAUUCUCUACAUUAUAUAAAUGAUUAUAUUAAAAUUUAAUGUUUCUAUACUGUUGCUGCUAAUCUGCGCGCCAUGGAAUGUUCACUCAUUGUAUAAUCAUCGUAAGAAUAAUCGGCUUGAAAUUGGAAUGACAAUGGUGAAAAAUACUACUGCUAAAGCUUUUGGAGCCUAUUGUUUGGAUGGAAGUUUACCUGCGUAUCAUAUCAGCAGGGGAUUUGGUUCUGGAGCAAGUAAUUGGAUUUUACAAUUUGAGGGUGGUGGGUGGUGCAAUGAUGUAGAAUCAUGCUUGGGGAGAUCUAAUACACGCCGUGGAUCAACACAUUACAUGACUAAGGUGGAAAUCUUUAAUGGGAUCCUAAGCAACAAUAUAUCCCAAAACCCAGAUUUCUAUAAUUGGAACCGCAUCAAGCUUAGAUACUGUGAUGGAGCUUCCUUUGCAGGCAAUUCCAAGUUUGACAAUGGGACUUCAUUGAUGUACUUUAGAGGGCAAAAGAUUUGGCAGGCCAUUAUUUUUGACCUUCUUCCUAAAGGUUUGGCAAAUGCAGAGAAGGCUUUGCUGUCUGGAUGCUCAGCAGGGGGUUUAGCAACCUUCCUACACUGUGACAAUUUCACUAAAUUUCUACCAAGAAAUGCUACUGUCAAAUGCUUGAGUGAUGCUGGAUUUUUCAUGGACAUACCAGAUAUAGCCAAUGAAAAUACAUCAAGAACUUUUUACAACAAUCUAAUUACUCUUCAAGGAGUAGAACAAAAUCUUGAUAAGAACUGCACCAGCACAUUAGAAGAUCCUAAACUAUGCUUCUUUCCCCAACAUCUGUUAGGAUUCAUUAAGACUCCCUUCUUCAUCUUAAACACUGCAUAUGAUGUAUACCAGUUGAAUCACAUAUUGGUACCGCCUUCUGCUGAUCCAAGAGGACCAUGGAACCAUUGCAAACUCAAUAUUUCGACGUGCACUCCUUCUCAAAUUCAAACACUACAAGAUUUUCGAGAAAAUAUGUUUGAGGCUCUAUACUCUUUUUAUAAACAUUCAACGAGUGGAGGAAUGUUCAUAAAUUCAUGCUUUGCUCAUUGCCAAAGUGAGGGAUGGAACACUUGGUUGGCAGAAGACUCUCCCAUUGUGCACAAUAAGACCAUUGCAGAGGCUGUUGGUGAUUGGUAUUUCGAGAGAAACGUGACAAAGUUGAUGGAUUGUCCAUAUCCUUGUAACAAUUCAUGUCAAAACCUUAUACCAGCUUAGACUAAAACAUGACUUAGGAAUCAACUAGGAUUUAUCAUUAAUCAUAUACCACAAUUCUUUCAACACACACUUAGCUUCAUUUUUUAUGUAAAUAGAUCAAUUACUUUCUAGAGUGUUCAUUUGUGUCGAUCAGGUCGAUUUCAACUCAGUUCAAAAUCAAAACUUGUAUCUAUAUUGAUUUUUAUAUAAUGUAAAUCUAUUUUAAAGUUGAUCAACUGAAGUCAAAUGAAUGUUGAAUCUGUUAGAUGUUGUGUACUAGGAUUAUAUAGUUUUUAAUCUCAAUUCUUUAUUCUUUAACAAUGGGUAUUGCAUCUAUUAUAUAUUGUGGGUCACAAUCU